UGUUCAGAGGCUGUUUGUCGAAGGAAACCGUUGUCUCUGUCUUCGCCUCGGACUGCAGCUUGAAGCGGAGUCGCUACUUUUAAAGUUAGCCUCGAAUGAAGGUUGAAGGUUCACUUUAAUAUUAAUUCAUCUCGGAGAAAGGUUAGUUUACUAACGGACACAUUAUUUAGCUCCUAACUUUGAGAAGGGGAGUUUUGACAGGAAACAGGGAUUGGCUGGAAGUUCCUAUUCCCCUUUAGCGUUCCACAGUACGGGAUAUCUUUGAGCGAUGUUCGACAAGCAGCACUACGAGAGUCCACCUGUUUACUCUCCUCCUUUCCGCUCGCCAUCCAACAAUGGCUUUGGCCCUCCAGGCAGCUUCAGUGCUCCUCAGAGCGGUUACAACGCAUACCCACCUCCGCCGGGAUCUUACUACAUUGAGGACAAACCUCAGCACUUCUACAAAUGGCUGUCACCUCCAGGGAUCAUCAAGGCCAUGAUGGCUACAGUGAUCGUGUUGUGUGUGGCGAUAUUUGCCUGCGUGGCCUCCACUCUCAUGUGGGACAUGCAGUAUGGAAUGGGAAUGGGAAUGGGAAUGGGAUACGGCAGCGGCAGCUUCGGCUCAGGAUACGGUGGUUAUGGAGGUUAUGGAGGAGCCUAUGGAGGAGGCUAUGGAAAUGGCUAUGGCUCCUACCUCUCACCUUACUCAGCCAAAACCACCAUGAUUGCCAUGGCAGCCAUUAACUUCAUAGGGGCACUGGCCUUCUUCAUCACAAGCUUCUCUAAAUCCAACACUGUCCGUGGUAGAAAGUUCUUUCUGGCCGUCAUGAUAGCCAGCAUCAUCAUGGCAAUCCUGCAGGGCAUCAUAAACAUUGUCUACAUUGUCGGGGUGAACCCCAUGUCCCAGGGCACCUCCAGUAUGAUGUACAAUCCGAUGCUUAUGAUGUGCCAGAACCUCUACCAGACCAGCUACUCUCAGAUGGGAGGAGUGGGAGGCUUCCCCAUCUACAACCAGUAUCUCUACCAUUACUGCUUUGUGGACCCACAGGAGGGAGUUGCCAUGGUGUGUGGAUUUGUGGUUGUCAUCGCCUUCGGUGUUGCGGCUUUCUUUGCACACAAAACAAGAGGGAAGAUCUGGCGAUACGGGAAACCAAACAUCUACUGGGAAGAGCCUCUCGUUGGUGGGAAGGCCUCAGAGGGCAGGGACGUAGAGGAAUGGGUGAACAAUGUAGAGGAAAGCCGCAGUGUUCAAGACGCCCCUACCCUGCUGGUAUCAGAGAAGGGAGCCGGGCUGCUCAACGCCUCAGCGAACAGUGUCAUCUCCUACCCCCCAGCUAAGGUGGACAGCAGCUCCUAUAACGAGGACAACUAUGACAACAAUGAGUACUCAGAGAGAACCACCAGCAGACCAUCAGAAGCCUUCUCCCACGGUGGACGAACCAGCUCGAGCCCUUCAGAGGGGACCGGCGGGGGCCGCAAACCCUCUGCCAACAGGGACAAGAGACGCAGACGUAACCCAGAGCUGGAUGAGUCUCAGUAUGAGACAGAGUACACCACAGGAGGAGAAACAGGCAAUGAACUCGAUGGAGAAGAGUGGGAGAAUAUGUACCCAGAAAUAACAUCUGAUGCUCAGCGUCAUGACUAUAAGAGAGAGUUUGAUGCCGACCUUAAGGAAUACAAGCGCCUGUGUGCUGAGAUGGACGACAUUAAUGACCAGUUAAACAAACUCAGCCGGCAGCUGGACACACUGGAUGAAAACUCUGCCAAAUACCAGGCUGUAGCAAUGGAAUAUAAUCAGUUGAAGGAUCUGAAGCAGACAUUGGACUACCAAUCUAAGAAGAAACAGUGUCGCAGCCUGAGACACAAACUGUUCCACAUCAAGGGCAUGGUGAAGGACUACGACAAGAACCACUGAAGAAUCUGCUGAGUCCUGACGCUCAACUCUGUGGUCCACACAGCAAACACUCACAGACACACAGGCCAAGAUACACUCCUAAACACUGCAAAGACUCUGUGACAUGCCGAGACCAAAGUUACCAACACACACACACACACACAUACACACACAUACACACACACACACACACACACACACACACACACACACAUAAGGAACAUACUUUAAAGGCAGGGUUGGUAAUGUUUGAAAAGCUAGCCAGAUUUGAAAGUAGCAUCUUCUCAGGGCUCUGUCUAACCCCUCCCCAUACCACACACAGACAUGCAUGAGCAUCUUUGCUUAGCUGUUUCAGAGCAGAGCGGAGAAAGGGCCGCAAUUUCACUCAUCAAAACUACUUCAUGUCUCAUUCACCGGUAAGCAAACACCUAAUAUUAUUGAACAGAAUGUUUAAAACAAACAUGACUACUCCAUUCUUCAAUGGACUUGCAAUAAAUCCAGCGGCUGCAACGUGCUUUGAGCUCAGGCUCGUACACGGGAGGGAUAGGGUAUGCGCAGCGGGGCAUUGGUUCUUAUCAAGCGGACCGAGACAUGAAAGGGGAAGACAUGCAGGAAAACCGUCACAGGUUGGAAUCAAACCCUGGACCUUCUGCAUCGAGGAAUAAACCUCUAUAUACUGUAUGUGCGCCUGCUCUACCAACUGAGCCAACCGGCUGCGAUUGGUGGGUGUUUUUACAGGAUUACAGCAGCUACAGAUGACGGAUCUUUUUCACUCCUUUUUCAGAGCCCAUUAGUUAUGUAUUGCUGUCGGGGUGUAAAGACCAUUUCAAACAAUAUAUAAAAAAGUCUUUAUUGGAAAUAGUUACCAACCCUGCCUUAAAGUUAAUAAUAAUGAUCUUGAUCAAUUAGGUAUAAAUAACUACAUUUUUGUGAGGAAGCAGGGCACUCAGCUGUAUCCACUUCCACAGCUAACACUGCCUUUUCUCUCAAGAUUCAGCUUAUUGUUCACUGUGUUCAAGUGUUCACUCACUUGUGAGGGUCAGGGGGUGUGGUUGGCGAAAAUGUCAUUUGAAAGUAACCUGCCCUUCAGCCACCUGUGAUAACACUGUGCUCUGUUCUGUGGCUGUUUGCUCUCAAACUUGUCUUUGUUUUAUCUGCACAGAUAAGAGGUGGAACAGUAUUGUAGAGAACGUAGUAAUGGGUGAAACGGGUUGCUGGGAUUGUUUUGCAAAUAGCAAAUACAUAGUUUUUUUAACCAUUACAGUACCAUGUGUUUCUUUCCCACAUACUGGUGUUUGUCUAAACUAAGAUUUUCAUACUGAUUAUCAUAGAUGCAGUGAGACCAAAAAGGGGACAUAUCAGUGAGAUAUGUGUGGCGUUGUUAUAUUGUGUAUACUUUCAAUAAAUCCUGUUCUUACACUACAUACCAAGAAAAAAUUUAGUCUCUGUCUAUUAGAUUCAGCAGACAUCUUAGUUAUGUGUUUUUGUACUUGUACAUACUAAAGACCCAUAGUGGCUUGUUUUUUAAUCAUUCAAAAUGUGCUUCAGCUAUGCAAAUGAGUAAAAACAUCCAGACUAUUUUUAUAUUUUUUAUCUUGCACACUCCUCAACAAACUGGAAAACUCUGUUUCUGUCACUGUCUAUAAGCUACGCUCAUCUUUUCAUUUAUUUGAUUUUUUGCCAUUGAAAAAUUAUCAUCUGCUGAUUCCAUGUGUGAUAAUUUUUGCAUUAAUCCACUUCAUGUGCAAAGUGUUACGAUCUAGUGUACAUUAUAAAAUAGUUUAGACACACUUUUGAUUUGUCAUCAAUUUGUAUUUUAUGAAAAACAUUAUUUUACAAACCAUUUGCGAGCCAUUUAUUUUUGUAUGAAUUUGUUUUAUUUGACCAUUUCUGUAACUGUAUACUUCCAUAAGGUAUGAUGUCUAAAACAUAUGGAGUUCAAUAAUAAUAAACAUUUCUAAUUCUCUUAAAAUUA